CAGCCGUGUACCUUUGGUGAUAUAAACGGGAUGAUCGGCAGGUAUCGACCUAAUUCAAAAUGAGCACGCGUAAGUGACUGCUUUUAGUGAGAUUAAAGUGUGUUACAAGGCAUAAUGAGAAAAAUAACUAUUAAGGAGACCCGGGUAUAUCCUAGUACAAAAAGGAGCAGGAAGCACAAGAAAGGACAUGAAAGGGAGGAAGCGAAGUUCGUCAACAAAUAUGUCAGUAGAGCCGAAGCUCCGCAAAGUAGUCGAAUGAAUACAAGGAAAGCAAAAUCUCCAGAAAAAGUUGAAAAUCUCUGUCUGCAGCCACCUACGGAAUGUUCCAUCUCACGUCUUCGGUGA